AUGUACUGUGUAUGGUUGAUUCUAGGUUUUCUUGUGAAUCUCAUUGUUGCACAAGACUCCACAGUGCUUGAUGUGCUGCCUAACAAUGGAGCUGGCGCUUUCUACAAUGCCUUAACGGCUCACCAUCAUGAUCUUGUCGACAAGCUGAAAAAGGCGGAUGGAUCAUUUACAUUGUUUGCACCCACGGAUGAUGCAUUACAAGCCUCUGGAUUGGAUGUCUCAAGUUCCAAUGCUUCGGAUGUCUUCCAGUAUCACUUGUUGGAUAAUGCACGAUUGUCAUUGAAAGACAUACAUUCGGAGCCGCGGCUACGUAAUAGCUCUUACAUACCUGGUAAUGGCAAACGGCAUCACAUGCCCUAUUUGAUGGGUACAGGACCCGAUGGUAUAUGGUCAUAUGGCAACAAGAGCAAAAUUGUACAUGGUGAUAUACAAGCAUCCAAUGGCGUGGUUCAUUUUGUUGACAAGGUACUUCAAUUACCUGCACCAGCAGAAGAUGUAUUGCGAUCCAUGCCAGAGACAAGAGCAUUUGCCGAACAGCUUCGUCAGCUCAACAUGUCCUUGUCACUUGUCACACAUGCCACCAUCUUUGCACCAACCAACGACGCCGUAGCCAAGCUCAACUCCACCAUUCCUGAUACACCUACUCGAGCACUCACUUUGCAGCAUCUCAUUAUCGACAAAUCAUUCUCACCCAUCGUACUCGCUCGGCGCGAUAGCGUUGUCAAUGAACAUGGCAUGGGUUUCAACGUCACGCAUAACAAUGAUACUCAACAUCCCGCAUCCAUGAUCCAAGGUGUCACGAUCAAAGUACCAGAUCAAAUUUACAAAGAUGGUAUUAUUCAUAUCACGGAUGGGAUCAUCUUGCGUGGCGGCCUUGAACAGCCUGAUGUAUCACUACCAGAAAAGCUUCCGGAUACGACCUCUUUUUCCACUUCACUCGAUCCCCUUUCCAUAGCCAGUAGUACCAUGAUGAUCAUGAGUGUUAUCUUUUUUGUAUUUGCAGAUGGUGUGUGA